AUGAAUGGGUUUGGGUUUCAUCCUUUGAUGGUUAAAUGGGUUAUGGCUUGUGUAUCCUCUACAUCGUUCUCUUUGGCAAUCAAUGGUAAUUUGUAUGGAUACUUUAAAGGUAAGAGGGGGCUGCGGCAGGGUGAUCCAAUGUCCCCAUAUCUUUUUACGUUGGUAAUGGAGGUGCUUACCUUGAUACUACAACGCCAGGUUUCGAUCUCAUCGGACUUCAGGUUUCAUAGCAGAUGUCAAAAGCAGAGAAUUAUUAAUUUAUGUUUCGCUGACGACUUGUUUCUAUUUGCUAGAGGGGAUAACAAUUCGGCUAAGGUCAUCUUGGAUUCCCUUAACAUUUUUAAGAAUAUGUCUAGCCUAGUUCCGAGCAUGACGAAAAGUACUGUAUUUUUUGGUAAUGUCGCGGAUUCGGUUAAAGCUCGGAUUCUAACAAUUAUGUCGUUUGAUGAGGGGGUGUUACCGGUUAGAUAUCUUGAUGUUCCCUUAAUUUCUUCUCGGCUUCAUUACAAAGACUGCAAAAAACUUGUGGAAAACAUGGAUGCUAGAAUUACGAAUUGGAAGACCAAGUGCUUAUCAUUUGCAGGAUUUAGAAUGAAUACGAAGUUGGCGGAGGUGUAUGUACAGGGUGAAUGGCGAUGGCCGAGUGCCUGGGAAAAUCAGUUUGCGGUGCUAAAUAGCUUGAGAGAUCUGGUACUAGUCUCAAAUCGGAAUGAUGAGCUUGUUUGGAGAUCGAGGUUGGGUGUUGAUUCAGAUUUUAGCACUGCUUUAGUUUGGGACGACAUUAGACAAAGUCAGAAUGACGUGUCAUGGACGAAGAUGGUGUGGUUUCCGCAGGCCAUUCCAAGGCACUCAUUUCUGGUGUGGCUCCUUAUUCAUAGAAAACUGAAAACACAAGACAUUAUGAGUAAAUGGGGUAAUGCCAAUUUCAAUCUUUUAUGUUGCUCUUUAUGCACAUUGGGGCCGGACUCGCAUGGCCAUUUGUUUUUCGAAUGUAAUUAUGCGAAUCAAAUAUGGAUUGGAGUUAGGGAUAAAGCUGGUAUGGGAAUGGUUCAGAAUAAAUGGGAUGCUAUUUUUGAUUACCUGGUGGGUAUCGCGCAAUCUAAGACGGCUGAUCAUGUGAUUGCUAAGCUUGUGGUGAAUGCGACGGCAUACUUUGUUUGGGAAGAAAGGAACAAGCGUCUCUUUACAAACAAAUGA